UAUGUUUAUCCAAAGACGGAUUAUACCCGGAAGAACACAGAUUGCGACCAAUAUCAUUGUUACCCAACAUUGGUAAAUGGAUGGAAAGAAUAAUGCAUCAGAGAAUACUGAAAUGGUGUGAACAAAACAAUAUAUAUGUUGAUGAACAAUCAGGAUUUACACUGGGACGACGAUUACAAACGAGAAUAUUAUCAUUAAUUGAAGAAUUGAGGAUUACAACGGCAGCCAAUAAUCGUCCUGCUUUAGUUAUUUUCGUUGAUUUUUUAUCCGCAUUUGACAAAAUGUGGUUUCCAGCCUUAAUGAAAAAUUUGAUUAUGCUUGAUAUGCCGCUUGAUUUGGUCAAAUGGAUAUAUUCAUGGCUAAAUGGUCGUACAAUGUCUGUUUAUCACGGUGAUGAAGUAUCAAGAACCAUUCAAAUAUUUGUCGGUGCUCCACAAGGUAGUAUAUUAGCCGCUACACUUUUUCGUCUGCAUGUACAUUUCUUGCCGAAAAGUUUAGUACAAUCAAUCAAUCAUUUAUUUGCUGAUGAUCUAGCGAUUGUUUUACAAGGUUCAUUAGACAAGAGAUUUUCAGAAAACAUUAUUGAACUAGAAAACCUUGCAAAUAAAAUAUUGAAACAACUCGAAAAAUUUGCAGAUGAUAAUAUAUUACCAGUCAACGUACUCAAAACUAAAGCUAUGCUAGUACACAACGUAGUAAAAGUGAGAUAUCCAAAAUUGUUAUAUAAAAAUGUAGUAAUUGAAUUUGUCAAAGUGUUUAAAUAUUUGGGCGUUAUAAUUUGUAUGAAACUAGGUUGGGGAAAUAUUAUAAAAGAUCGUCUGAUGAAAAUACGAAAAGUAUACGCAGGUUUAAGAGUGAUAUCUAAAACAAUACCAAUAGCGGAAAUAAAGAUGAGAAAAAUUGCAUUUUUGGCAUAUGCAUUACCUCAAUUUAUUUGGUUGUUCCCACUGUGGUUUUAUUUCACUGAGAAACAACAGAUCGAAAUUGAAAAUGUCUUUUGUACUGGAUUAAGAAUUAUUUACAACUUGCAAGGAUGGGAUGAUAUCACAACACAUGUUUUAACAUGUGAAUUUUCAUUAAAAGAUUUUUUAUUUCGUUAUUGGAAAAAAUUCAAUAAACAUUUAAACGAAUCAGUCGAGGCGCUACUUUAUCAACAAACCUUUGGCGGCGCAGGCCAUGUGAUACCCAUGUUUGAAUUAGCUAAAGCAAUGAAGAAUCAUAAUGUUACAUUUCUUACUCAACAAACAGCUCAAGUUUAUAUCGAUUUCAAACCGUAUUCUUCUUCGUCAUUUCGCGUUGUUUAUUCAAGUGAUUCACCUGAUGCAUUAGCUAUGGAAAAGAACAAUGAACAACAAGCUAUGUCUUAUUUCUCUAAUUAUUCCUUUUUCGACGCAUUACCCUAUUUUAUACCACUGUUAGGUCAAAUGAUCAUAUCGCUGCUGAAUAAGACAAUACACAUUUUGACGUUUGAACGUUUCGAUGUGAUCGUCGCUGAUUUAAUGAUCGUUGGUGUACCUAUUUUGUGUGAGAAAGCAAACACACACUGUGUGACACUAAGCACUUCGGAGUUGCCAAGUAUCCUCGAUUUCAAUUUACCAAACAUUUUCUCACUCGUAACGUCGAAAGAGUUAACUCAAAUUACACAUCGCAUAUACAACGCUGCUUUUACUAUGCGUCUGAUAACGAAACUGAUGCAGAAAUCGGCAUCGGCGUUCUACACACUCUUUCAGUCUCUGCCACGAAUACCAGGACCAUUUCACGAUAGCUUCACGCCGACAAAUCUUCUGUUUUCAAAAUCAAAAUCUUUGAAACUAGUUGGCAUGCCGCCUUCAUUCUUUACAUCAUCGUAUUCACACCACUACACUAAAUACCUUGGCGUAUUCAUAAAUGAAACAGUGGUCGACAAUGUCGACAAUGAUCUUACAAGUUGGAUGAAGUCAAAAUCGCGUAGCUCUAUUAUUUAUGGAGCUUUUGGCAGUACUUCGGUGAUUCCACUUGAUCGAAUGUAUAAUUUAAUAAGCGGCCUGGCCGCGUUUCUACUGAAAGAAGGUGAUAGUUCUCUACUGUUAGCAUUUCGCAACACGAAUUAUGAUACAUAUCAAACAGUAUUGAAAGAGCUAGAUAAUGACAACUUUAGAGAUCUCUUGAACAAUGAUAAACGAGUACGGAUCGAAAAUAGAUUUGUACAACAAAAAUGGAUUCUACAGCAGAAUUCGGUGAAAAUGUUUUUGAGCCAUUGUGGCAUGGGUUCAUCUUUAGAAGCACUUUAUUUUAACAAAUCCAUACUGUGCAUGCCGUUCAGUAUGGAACAGUUUGCUAAUGCAAUUACAAUCGAGAAUCUGGGCGUUGGAGAAUCAUUAUUUGUGCCGCCUUCUGCGGUGCAAUCAUUGAUAAGUCCCUAUGAUUUUGCUAAAUAUACGUUUACAGCAAGUCGCGUAAUAGGCAAAAUAUCGGCAUUGUGGAUGAAUGUAACGUACGAAAAAGCAGUCAGACUCAUGUCACUGGAAAUGAAACAUGCAGGUGGCUUGAAACGAGCAGUAGAAGAAAUUGAAUUCUUCGUUAAUCUUGAUGGUGAUUUAGAUCGCUUUACACCGUUUCAAAGUACAUUAUCGCUUUAUCAACGAUAUAUGCUCGAUUUACUGCUGGUGCUCGUUGUUCUACCUGGAGCAAUCAUAACAUACAUAAUACUGAAAUGUUACAAACGACGGCGAAAAGAAAAAACAGAGUGA